GUUGAAAUAAAUAUAUGAUAGAUGUUAGUAGAUGUGCAUGUACUAAGAUCUUACUACUACUACUACUAUUAUGAAUAAUGUGGAAGGCACUCGUGUGGGGGUCACAAUACAUAUAAGCCCCACAUUCCCUCUUUUAUAUCUUUCGUCCUUCCUUUCUCUAGUAGUAGCUACCCCUCCUCCCCUCUCUUAUAACACUUUCCUUUCCACCUUCUCCAACGUUCCAUUCCACCCCUUCAUUGCUUCACUUCACACACACUACUACUACUAUCUCUCAUCAUCAUCAUCAUCAUCAUAUAUUCAUCUCCUCCUCUAAAAUAUAUUUAUCCUAAGUAGCUAGAGACUACAUUAAUAUCCAAUAAUCCGAUUCUAAAAAAAAGAAAAAAGAAAGUCAUUUAGUUAGAAAAAAUAUAUAUAAAAGAAAAAGAAGAAAAAAAAAACGCGAGUAAGUGAGUUACCAUUAGCACAAUGGGUGAGAUGCGUCUACCUAGCUUAGAAGCAGAAGCUACAACUCCUAAGAAAUCAUGUUCGGAGGUCCAUUUACCCGACCCGGAACAAAAGAGGCCCAAAAGGCCCAGAGAAAGCAACAACACUAACAGCAAACACCCGGUUUACAGAGGUGUUAGAAUGCGGGCCUGGGGAAAGUGGGUAUCCGAAAUCCGCGAGCCCAGAAAGAAGAACCGGAUCUGGCUGGGAACGUUCGCGACUCCAGAAAUGGCGGCUCGAGCUCAUGACGUGGCAGCACUAGCCAUAAAAGGCAACUCCGCCAUUCUGAACUUCCCUGAACUUGCUCCUUCAAUGCCCCGACCCGAUUCAAACUCGCCUCGUGAUGUUCAAGCAGCCGCCGUGAAAGCAGCCGCUAUGGAAGUUACGGAACAGCAAAGUUGGUCAUCAUCGGAAAAGCCAGACGAACUGGGUGAAAUAGUGCAACUACCGUCAUUAGAAACGAGUUUUGAAAUACCCGACCCGAAUAACGAAUUGGUGUAUUUUGAUCCAUGGCCUUAUUCUCACAGUUGGUAUAAUCAAAGCAUUUACGAUGAAAGGGAUUAUUUUAUCGGGGAACAGAUUUCAAUGCAGCAUAACGACGAGUCUGGAAGUAAUAAUAAUAAUGUGAUUCUUUGUGGUUUUGAGGGUUCAUUGUGGCAGCAUUAAUGUUACCCUUUGCUUUUUUCUACUAUUACUAUCACUUCAUCUUUUUCUUUCUUUCUUUUUUAAAUUAAAUUUAUUUAUGUCUGAGCCCUUUUGCAAUUUUUCACUUUAAGGGCUAAAUACAUUUCUUCUUUAUUACUAUCUCUUCUCUUGCUUUCAGGAAUA